UUCCAGUCUACUCCUACCCAAUCUACUCACAACCACCAUAUACUAUACAUAUACCUAACACCUACUGGGCACAAUAAUCACAAAGGCACCCUCCCACCACAUUAGCCAUCCCAUCUCCCUCUGGUGCCUUUCCCCUCCAAUCUCUUUUCCUCUCUUUCCUCUCUUGUUCUUGUUGUUCUCUUUUUUGCUUGUUUUAAACCGCCCUCUCGCACCACGAUUGUCUCCCGUCGCCCAUCAUGGUCCGCCUGAGAGAAAUCCCCAGGACGGCCACCUUCGCCUGGUCGCCCGGCCCGACUGCACCAUUGAUUGCAACCGGUACCAAGGCUGGUGCCGUGGACGCUGAUUUCUCAAAUGAUACCACCCUUGAGCUCUGGGAGCUCAAUUUGGAUGCUUCAGAUCAGGGUGUCGAGCUUCAGCCCGUCGCUACGGUCCAGGCCGAAUCGAGAUUCAAUGACAUCGCCUGGAGCCAACCGUGCGAGGACUAUCCCCUAGGUAUAAUAGCUGGCGCACUGGACAGCGGGGCAUUGGUACUGUGGGACGCAGAAAAGCUGAAGGCGGGUGCAAGUGAUCCCGUCAUUGAGCAGAUCGACAAACACACCGGGCCCAUCACCGCCAUCCAAUUCAACCCCUUCCGACCGCACAUCCUCGCCUCCGCGGGUGCCAAAGGAGAACUGUACAUCCACGAUCUCGACGAUGAUUCGAAAUCGUUCCGCCUGGGGAAGGCCGGUGCGAAUCCGGAUGAGUACACGACAUUGGACUGGAACAAGAAGGUUGCGCACAUCCUCGCAACGGGAAGCAGCGGCGGCUUCGUCACAGUCUGGGACGUGAGGCAAAAGAAGGAGAACCUCACACUCAACAACUUUGGCAGGAAGUCUGUCAGCGCUGUGUCUUGGGACCCGGAUGUUCCUACUAGGCUAGUGACUGCUAUUCCAACGGACCAGAACCCGCUCGUCCUCGUGUGGGAUCUCCGCAACUCCAACGCCCCCGAGAAGACGUUGCAGGCUCAUGACCAGGGCGUUCUCUCGCUUUCGUGGUGUCUUCAGGAUAGCGAUAUCCUUCUGUCCUGCGGAAAGGACAAUCGCACAAUUGCCUGGAACCCUCACACUGGCGAGACCCUCGGAGAAUUCCCCGUCGUCACGAAUUGGACUUUCCAGACAAGAUUCAACCCCUCGAACCCCAACUUGCUUGCAACCGCUUCCUUCGAUGGCAAGAUCGCUGUUCAGACUCUCCAAAACACUGGCGCAGCCAGUGACACAUCCAAGGGCGCAACCCAGGCUCUGGACGGCGAGGAUUUCUUCUCGAAGACUCACGUAGAGCCCCAAGGUGCCUCGUUUUCGCUCCAGAAGCCACCCAAGUGGCUCCAACGACGAGCCGGUGUAUCUUUCGGAUUUGGAGGCAAGCUGGUUCGUUUCGGAAUCGUUGACGGCAAAUCGAGGAUCAACAUCUCUACGUUCGCGGUAGACUCCGAUAUCAGCACUGCCAGCGAGGAAUUCGACAAGGCGCUCCAGAAGGGCGACCUUGCUGAGCUUUGCGAAGCGAAGAUCGCAAAGGCGGAUACCGAUGAAGAGAAGGCUGACUGGACGGUCAUCGAGACUUUGAUCUCCGAUAGCCCACGAAGGAAGUUGGUCGACUAUCUAGGAUUUGCAGACAAGCAGGAGGAUGCUGCUGAGACCAAAGAGGAGCCCGCCGAGACCAAUGGUGCUGGUGAUGACGACGCAUCAUUCUUUGAUCAAUCACAGAGUGGCGGCAGUUUCCUCGGUGACCUGGCCGCUUCCAAGGGCGCGAAGACGAACAACCCAUUCCAAGUGUACACAGGAUCUGAGUCCGAGGCCGACAAGCAAAUCACUCGCGCAUUGCUCCUUGGAAAUUUCGACACAGCUCUUGACGCUGCUCUCAAGGAGGACCGUUUGUCUGACGCUUUCAUGAUUGCCAUCUGCGGAGGUGAGAAGGCCAUCGCAAAGGCCCAGGCGGCAUACUUCAAGAAGCGAUCUGACGGACCCAAUUAUUUGAGACUGUUGGCUUCGGUUGUUGGCAAGAACCUCUGGGACGUAGUGUACAAUGCCGACCUCAAGAACUGGAAAGAAGUCAUGGCCACUUUGUGCACAUAUGCUGACGCCGCCGAGUUCCCCGACCUCUGCGAAGCUCUUGGAGACCGCUUGCAGGAAGGUAUCGAGGGUGACAAUGGCUCGCUACGAAAGGACGCGUCUUUCUGCUAUUUGGCUGGCUCCAAGCUCGAGAAGGUGGUCGUCAACUGGGCACAAGAGCUUCAAGAGAGCGAGGCCGCUGGUGUGGAGAGUUCAUCGGGAGACAACAGCUUCUCUAUCCAUGCCCGAUCAUUGCAAGAUUUCAUCGAGAAGGUUACUGUUUUCCGACAAGUCACUGGAUUCAAGGAUGCCGAGCAGCAAAAGGAGAACGAUUGGAAGUUGAGCCCGCUUUACGCCAAGUACGUCGAGUAUGCCGAUAUCGCCUCGUCUCAUGGCCAACUGUCCAUUGCUGAGAAGUACCUGGAUCUACUACCCGAGAAGUACCCUGCUGCCGACGUUGCCAGGAACCGUGUUAAGAAUGCGACGAAGAAGGCUGCCCCUCAGGCUCAGAGACAAGCUCAACCUUCGGCAGCUCAGCGACAAACCAGAGUCGUGCCAACAUACAAUACCCCACAGACUACCGCAGCGCCUGUACAACCAGCGGCCAACCCAUACGCCCCGCCGAACCCGCUUGCUGCUCAGCCGCCAGCUCCCCAAUUCGGAGGUGCUGCACCACCAGCACGCAACGCUUACACACCAGUUGGCUAUCAACCACCGGCUUCUCAGCCAUCAAUCCCCCAGCCAUCGAUUCCUCAGCCUGGCUAUGGAGGCUUCCAGCCUCAGCAGCAGCCUUUGGCUCCUCCUCCCCGGAACUUCUCGAACUCUCCCUCGAUCGUACCUGCUGCUCAGCGAGGCCACAUCGCUGCAUGGAACGACACUCCAGACUUUGGCCCACCCAAACCCACUUCACGCCGUGGAACACCCGCUCAAGGUGUAGCCUCGCCCUUCCCCAACCAACAAGCCUACGGUCAAGCGUCUCCUACCUUUUCGUCAGCGAAGCCAACGCCGCCUCCUCCCCCGAAGGGACCUCCCCAAGGACCUCCUCGCAUUGCAUCCCCGGCGGCAGCUCCUCAAUUCGAGCGACCAUCGUCCUCUGCUGCUAGUCAAUAUGCUCCACCUCAGCCUACCGGAUUUGCGCCUCCUCAACAACCUGUUGUGCCUCGAGGAACCUCUCCCUAUCAACCACCACCAUCAGCAGGACCCCCUUCGAACCGCUACGCUCCGGCCCCUGGCACUCAACCUUCAGCUCCUCAGGGACUUGGUGGAAUGCCACCACCUCGCAACAUUGCUCCCCCACCCGGUCAAUUCACUCCUGCCAAUUCGUACGCACCGUCGCAUCAGCCACCGCAAGCAACCCCGCCGCCCCAGAGCUUCGCCGCGCCGCCCCCGCGGGGUCCCCCACAAGGCCCUCCUCGGGCUGGACCUCCACCAGGCGGCCCAGCAGGUGGAACACCACCCCAGCAAGUGGCACCCCCGCCCGCCGCGGCACCUCCUCCCAAGGCAGCAUCGAAGCAUCCCCCCGGUGACCGCAGCCACAUUCCCCCUUCCUCGCAGCCCAUCUACGACAUCCUGAACGCCGACAUGCAGCGCAUCAAGGCGCGGGCGCCCGCCCAGUACAAGCAGCACAUCGCGGACACGGAGAAGCGCCUCAACAUCCUCUUCGACCACCUCAACAACGAGGACCUCCUCAAGCCCGACACCAUCCAGGACAUGAUCGAGCUCUCCACCCACAUCCAGUCCCGCAACUACGACCAGGCCGUCGCCCUGUUCACCGACCUCAUGACCAACAAGAACGACGAGGGGAGCAACUGGAUGGUAAGUCUACGCCCCCACCCUCCCUACUGGAUAAUGGGGUUAUGUGGAUGCUAACGUGAUUAAAUAGGUCGGUGUGAAGAGGUUGAUCCAGUUCAGCAAGAGCACUCCUGCUUAAGAAGCGUUCUCGCUAUACGCGAAUGAUAGAAAGAG